UAACCAAAGCAGUCCGUCAGUAGUAACCACUUAGAUUCGAGCAACCUUCCAAACUAGUCAAUCUAAAUAAGUAAGAUCGAUUGAUAUCAUGAAACUCUUCGUAAUCCUCUAUUUGUGCUCUUUGGUAAUCUCCAGUAGCUUUGCCUUUGAUCCGAGUCCCCUUCAAGAUAUCUGUGUGGCUACGGCUGAGCCAAAAAAUGCUGUGUUUGUAAACGGGAAAUUUUGCAAGAAUCCGAAUCUUACAGUCGCCGAUGAUUUCCUCUUUCGGGGAAUCAACAUUCCUCGGAGUACCAACAACAACGUCAGGUCCACUGUGACUAUGGUUGCUGUUGACCAGCUCCCGGGACUUAACACUCUAGGGAUCUCUUUGGCCCGCAUUGACUAUGCCCCUUACGGCGGCCUGAACCCACCUCACAUCCACCCUCGUGCAACUGAGGUCAUCAUGUGCGUUCAGGGCGAACUCUAUGUUGGGUUCGUCUUAUCGAACCAGCUCGGAAACAGGCUCAUCACCAAAGUCUUGAAGCCUGGAGACGUGUUUGUCUUCCCAUUCGCGAUGAUUCACUUCCAGCUCAACAUAGGGAAGACAGCUGCAGUCGCAAUCUCAAGCUUGAGCAGCCAGAACCCCGGUGUCAUAACAAUUGCUAAUGCUGUGUUCGGAUCUAAUCCACCGAUUAAUGUGGAUGUCUUGACCAAGGCAUUCCAGGUGGACAAGAAAGUUAUAAAUGAUCUCCAAUCCCAGUUUUCGAACGCCACCCACAAUUAAAACCAAAUAAGGGAGUGAAAGAGGAUAGUUAUAUUCAUAUAAUAAAACCCGAGCCUGGGAGUUCGUUUCCCUGAUUGUUCAUGGUUAACAUAUAUUUGAUGUGUUUGUGUGAGGUGGAAAUGUUCGAAUAUGUUUCUUAAAUUUAAUGUUCCUUACUAAAGUGGCAACAUGGUAUGUAUGUACAUCUUUUUGAAUAAAAUAUGAUGUGUUUCAUCUACUUCGUUUCA